AUGGCCACAGCCAAACCAGCCCUUGAGCCUGCUGCAGGCUUCUCGCUCGAAUCACGGGCAGAGCGUCCUGAUCGCGUACCAUUACAAAAAGGACAAUAUUCAAUCGCAUCAAGAGCGGUAGCUUUAUCGACAUACUUUUUAUCUGGAGCACUUGCUAUCAAUCUCUCCCAAUUUUUAGGAGCCCCCCUGGCUCUGGUCAAUCAAGAUUGGUACAACGCAUGGAUUGCCUUCACGAAGCAGUCCUUUGGGCUGCUUACAAUGACUCUAACUCAGACAUUUGCGCCAACGAAGGUCAUUGUGUCCGGCGACGCAUCUGUUCGAGGCCAACUUCUCAAGUCUGUCGACGGCGACCUUGUACUCAAUUUUCCCGAGAGACUUGUUCUCAUCGCGAACCAUCAAAUCUACACUGAUUGGUUGUAUUUGUGGUGGAUAGCUUAUUGCAACGGCAUGCAUGGGCGGUUGUACAUCAUCUUGAAGGAGUCCUUGAAAAGGAUUCCAGUAUUGGGAUGGGGCAUGCAGUUCAAUCAGUUCAUUUUCCUCAAGAGGAACUGGGAACAAGAUCGUCCCAAUAUGGAAACUGCUCUUCAAAAACUCAACAAGGUCACAGAUCCCAUGUGGCUCCUCCUGUUCCCUGAAGGUACUAACCUUGCACCGAGUACUCGUGCGAAGAGCGCCGCAUGGGCGAAGAAGAACAACAUCACAGACACUCGACAUGUCCUGCUACCACGCAGCACCGGCCUGCACUUCUGUCUCGAGCAACUCAAGGACUCAGUCGACUAUGUAUAUGAUUGCACGGUGGCUUACGAAGGUGUAUCGCGAGGACAAUUCGCUCAAGAUAUAUUCACCCUUAAGGCGGGUUAUCUCGAAGGACGACCACCAAAGUCUGUGAGCAUGCAUUGGCGUCGGUUUGCCGUGAAAGAUAUCCCACUUCACAAUGACAAGGCCUUUGAACUUUGGCUUCUUGCCCGUUGGAGGGAGAAAGACGUCCUCAUUGAACAGUGGUACCAGACCGGUAGAUUUCCCGCAGACAUGGGUGUGACCAAAUAUAAAUCUGGUAAGACACUUCGGGGCUGUGGACACAUGGAUGUACCCAUCCGCUCAAGCCACUGGUAUGAAUUUCUGCAAAUAUUCGCCCCCAUGGGCAUUCUUGCCAUGGUGUUGUACAUCUUCUACGGCGACCUGCCACAGCGAUUCUGGAAGAGUAUUAAUAAAGAGGCGCUCCAAUCUGGUACGGAGGAUGUGAAGAGAGCAAGUGCACAAGCUGGAAAGCAAGUGAAGUCUGCGUCUACUUCGCUCAGCGGCUUGACCCUCGACUCUUUCUUCGAUCCCACCCAGCAACAGGAGACGUUCAAAGCAGGUGCUCUGGCGGUUCAGAAGCUGCUCAACUCACCGUCAGCACAAACUUUGCUCAACCGUGCGGAUUUCAUCCAGCAAUUCCUCUCGGAUCCGCAGAAGAUGGUCACCGAGAGCAUUACCGACAGACAACAAAACUUUAUGCAUCAACUGGCGGAAGAGGAAGCAAGGAGGCAGCACGGUCGAACAACCAGCGUAAAUGGGACCGGGAGAAAGGGGUCAAGGCCAAUCAUGAACGGCACAACAGGUGUCAAGGGUACGUUCUGGUCUCAGCUUGAUGCUGAGGAAAAGAAUCGUCAAGGUUCAGUUGUGUCAGAAACAAUAUCAAAUCAACCGACACAAAAGGGGACAUUCUGGAAGGAGCUGAAAGCAGUAGAGGAAAAGAAGAAUGCUCCAGCACACAAAGGCACAUUCUGGGACGACAUCAAGAGAGAAGAGAAUACCAGAUACGGUACCGUUGUCACAUUGUCCAGCAACGCUUCUACGGCUGUGGCAUCGACGAGUUCAACGUCCACGAAAGGAACCGCACCAAAACUUGGCCCACGAAAGAUGGCUCCUCGUACUGCCGUACCGAAGAUCGCCACCGCGAAGAAAUCAAAUACCUCUGGUGCCGGUGCUGGCACAAUGGCACAGAUAUCAGCAUCUCCCACCAAGGCAAAGAAGCCAACAAGUACACCGGUGCGAACAACCAUGCCUGCCAACGCUUUAGAGUCUAAAUCGACAAACGUAGCAUCAUCAAAAGAAACACCGAAGCCGACAUCAAAUGCCAGCUCUGCACUACCCAAGCAAUCGAAAGCGACCACGACACGCACGCCUCCGAAGCUCGGAUCAAAACCAACACCAAAACCAAAACCCAUACCUGUCUCGGAAUCUAAACCGUCAGCCAGCAAUGCCACUGCUACAACAUCGAAGUCAGGCACUGGACUGAAAAGCAAACAUUCUGCUCCUCCUCCGGGCCCAAAGCCUGCACCGAAACCUUCCAAGGUCACUCCAGCUGCAGAAAAUCCUGGAGUGGCAGUGAAGAAACCGGUAUCGAAACAACCAUCAAAUACGACGUCAGCCACAGCCGCGUCGUUGACCCCGUCAAAACAGGCGACAAAGACGAAUGGGCCGCCAAAGUUGAAAAGCAAGUCUUGA